UAGAUCUUUUUUUAACGUUUGUAUCAUGUCCGUUUGACCUCCUGUGUCUGUCGUCUACUUUGCUUGUGGUUUGUCGUGCAUUUUCUUAUCUUGCCUUUGCAGACUGAAGUGUUCGAGACAAGUGGACUAAUUUCCUUGAAUCACAAAGUAUUUUAUUUUUCUUCGUCAAUCAACAUGUCGCCAACCGACCUAACCCAACACAUAAAAUGCGGGGAAUUGUAAAAACUUGACCAGUGACGCGAACUGCUUGUGUUGUUCAUGUUAGAGAAAUAGUGUGUUCUUUUUUGCCCGGUGGACGAAGUACAUCAUUUGAAAGCAUUAAAACUUUGCUCACUGUGUUGACAUGAGCUGUUUAUGUUGUGGCGUGUUAGUACUUGUCUUGUUGUUUCUGGCAAACGAGUCGCAAUGUUUCCGUCAUGAUUAUUUCCAAAAGGAGAAAUCUUUUCAUAAAAGAGAUGACCACUCAUCUGUCGUUUCAGUUCACGAAGUUCCCGAAGCUCCGAAAUCACAUAGACGUCGAGGUGACACUGAAUCCUACAGACAUUGGUCGACUUACAGCGAACGUCAGAAUACUGCAAAUCAUCACAACCAACAAUCAGGUUGGAAUACACACUCUAACGUACCAUUCAGACGAGAGACAAGAACGUAUUUGAAGGGUCCUCGGACGAGAUCCAGAUUCAGCGAAUACUCUGCGAGCUCUGGGCGAGUAACAUAUCCGCAAGAAACAGUCGUUGAAAAGACCAGCUAUAGUUCACGAAAUGACAGAUAUAAUGACAAGGCGACCUACAAAACGAAAAGAAAACCGUCUAAGAAAGCGACAUGGAGACCAAUAUCAAGUGGGAAAUACCAAGGUUGUCGAGACACUGGUCGUUAUUGCUGGUUUUGGAAAUCAAUCGGAUGUUGCGAGCAAGAUAUUGGUCGCAAACUCUGUUCAAAAACGUGCGGAUUUUGCUCUCCACAAAAAACCAUAUGUCCAUCGUCAUAUGAAUAUGGUUGCUGCUUUGAUGGAACAGAGGCUUUGGAUCAAGAGAAGUCUAAUUGUCCUCCUUGCAGAAAUAGAAGCGACCGCAUCUGUGCCAGAAAGGCUAUAUUAAAAGAUUGCGACUUACAUGAAAAGAACAGUUUAUACACCCGACAGCUUUGUCCACUGUGGUGUGGGGCGUGCAAUGAUUACAGCGAGAGACAGUGAUCGUUUACUUUAAAUACAUCAAUAUGACCGUGGAAACCAUGCAAAAUGUAUGUAUUUCAUACUGACCUGAAUGUGGAUGUUUCAAAUGUAUUUGAAAAAUUAUGAUAAUAAAUGUUACGUAUGUCUGA